AUGCAAGAAGAACAGAAAAAAAAACCCUCUGGCAGUAAACGAGGCAAAGGAUCAUGUACAGGUUGUGGAGAAGAGUAUGCUUGUCGAUUCAAGCCUGAAAAAUGUAGUAAAUGCGGCUAUGAUUUAGGCAGAUCGUUCGAGCCAAAGAAUGCGAAGCGCUCGAAAAAAUGCAACCCUGACGUCGUUCGAGUCACGCCCAAAAUAUUUUCAGUGAAAACCAGCAAGAAAGAUGAUCGGUGUUUUGUUGUGAGAGAAGGAAAUAAUAUUAUAUGCUUGCACAAAGACUGUAAGGAAUUAAGGGCAACAUAUUCGGCAACUGGUAGCUUACAUACAUUCAAAUGCAAGCAUGUGAAUGACAUACACAAUUUUCCAACAGCCAACCCACUGAAUGUCUAUUUUCUUGACGAAGAAAUAAUUUUAAAUUAUUUGGGGGAUUCAUCUGCUAAAAAAACUCUAAGUGAUCUACUAGAUAUCAUUCCUGCAGACCAUCCUUCCGUUUCUUGUGUCACAGACUCUUCCUAUGUAGUAUUUGGACGACCCUCUGCAACCAAUACGGUCGGAUACUGCCAUGUUCAAGUGAUUUCGGAUGAAAAUAGAGUUUAUAAAUGCACAAGUAAGAGUUGCCGAAGUUUUGUUAGUAAAACGAAGCAGGAAAAAAUUUGUUCAACGUGCCAACAUUUGCAUUUGUUGUACUGUCUCCUGCAUGGAAAUAAUGAUAGGAGAAUCGAGGAGUCUUCAACAACAAUAACGGGUCAAAAUGAACAUCAAACAACUGUUUCCCAAACAGCAUCUUUUAGCAGGCAAACUACUUUGGAUGUGGCAAUGAAUUCAUCCCUGCCGUAUAAAAUUCCUUCCUCGCUACUGCAGGAGAUAUCGAGAAGAGACGCUACAACAUUUUUAAAUAUUAAUAUUGAUGCGGCAACUGGAUGGCCUAAUGCAUUCGAACCUGUUGAAGUUAUCUGUGUUCAAUGUCAGUCUCCUUUAUCAACAGCAAGACAGCACCCUGGUCAGAGCCGUGACGAAAGUGCUUACCUUUUGACGGAGCUUAACCCAUUUAAGAGAGUUAAGCUGUUGGUUAAAAUUUGCAGCAAUCCACUCUGCAAGGCAAUGCAUCGACUCCCUACACUUGAAACAGGUAGGAAUACACAUCACAAAAUUAGUAAUAUUCCAAACUUUCGUUGCGAGUUGUAAAAUGCGGAAAAUAUAGCCUUGCGAAGUUUGCCGUUUUUCAGUCAUUUUGUAUUACAAACUGGAAAUACAUACUCCUGAGUAUGUAUAUUACUAAUUUUACUAAUUUUGUGAUGCUCUUUCAAGCUGUGAUAAAAUUUUUGUCUAGACUUGUUGAGAUCAAAAUUUUAGUCAAAAGGUGAAAGGUCCAUUAAAGUGUAAAAAUUCAUGUCUGCUUUCCACUUAUAGGCUUAUUCAAUAUAUGUGAUAAAAUCGUCAUUUCUUUGGAUAUAUUGCUGGAAAUGAGACUAUUUUUCAAACGCGGAUAUGCCAUAACCAACAUCAUCGACGCCAAAUUAGAUUCUCUCAAAUUGAAGGCACAACAGGUGAGUGACAGUGUACCUGUUAACUACACUGUAUAUGACCUAUGGAGAACAUAAAUACAGUGACAGCGCUAGCAUUGAUACCAGCUCUUGACAAAUAAUAAUAGUCUAUUUAAUACGUACUAGAUAAAACAUGAGCAGCCCAUCUGUAUCUGAUAUACAAACUCUCGCCUUCGCCCCUUCGGCUAGAGUUUGUAUAUCAGAUACAGACCGGAUGCGAAUGUUUUAUCGUACUUAAAAAAUGACCCAUUUUAUGAGUUCAUUCGCGAAGUAAUUUUAAAAAUAAACAUUGUCUAAGCCGAGAAAAUCAAAGCUGAAGUUUAUGUAAAUCAGGACAAAUCCUUAUCCGGUUUACAAACAUUGAUUAAACAUUCAUUUCUUUUGUAUUUUCCUUGUGAAUUCUUGAAUUUUUUAAAUAUAAAGAAUGAUACAAUGGUGCGCGGAAAUAUAAAAUGUAUUUCCACUAUUGAAUAGACCCAUUGGAUAAUAACAUGUAUGCUACUUGGCCUGGGAGACUCACUUCAGUACAAGUAUAAAGUCGUGGUACUUAAUCAACUCACGAUUAAUGAGAGCGAGGCUCUCAGGCCAACACCACAUGACGUUAUUACCGAAAAGGUCUUUUGGAUAUCUAUAAUUGAUGAGAUUUCCACGCGAGCAACUAUAUAUAUUUCUGUAUAUUUUUAUAUAGUAAAAUGUUUAAUUCACACAUGCAUUUCUUGCUUAAAACACCAGCAUUUUUAUCUUUAUAACUUUGCCUGUUCCAAUUCUUUCUGAAAAAUGCUACUAUUUGCACGUGCAUAAUCAUACAUAAUUGUUAAUUUCAGGCGAAUCUGCCAUCUGAGAACCAGCUGCAUUAUUUGAAGAAAUGCCUUUACAAUGGCUAUUAUUGCUUUGAAGCGAUAACCGAGAGGGACUUGAACACCGUGGGAUUUGUGGAAUUUGCCCCGAGGUUAUUCUUGGUGAUGGAAAUGAAAAAAACUGUUGCACUAACAAACAGGUACAAAUACAGCAUACACUUAACCUAUGUAUAGAGCGUUAACUCGCUGGGGCUAUACAAGCUAGUAUGCACAAUAAUGAUGAUACAUACAUAGAAAACAAGUACAAUUCGUUGAAAAUUUUAACGAAAUUGUUUGAAACAUUUUGGACACUCCACGAAAGGCCGCCAUUUUGAAAAGGAUAUAUUGGGUUUUAUACUUUUACUAGGCAGCUCAUAAUUAUUCUAUUUUGUGCCUAUCAACGACGAUUGGAGAUCGGAGAUCCACUAUUGCCGAUCCGUGAAAAAUGCAUGCCAAAACCUAUAUACAACCUGGGCACAGAUGCCCCAGCGAGAAAUGUUGACACUCAAAUGUACAAAGUAACCAUUCACUUUUCUAGAUUGAUUAUGUCAAAUCUGACAGUGCAACUCUUCCUUCCCUAGUUAAAACUACUGAUGCAUUUAAAAAUACGUUAAAGAGAAGAUGGUUGGAAAGGACGGUAUUCACAAGAUGCACGGAAAAUAUCCAGAUACCAGUGUCUGUUGUACCACCAAUUAUGCCAUCAGCUUUGAUGGGUCCAAUAGUACAAAACACUGAAGAUCAAAAGAAAAGUGUGUACUUAAAGGAAAACACACUACCCGAAGGUAUGUUGUAAUGUCGAGCUAAAUACGCCAAUAGCCAACAGUUCCCUCAUAUGUUUUGACACUAAUAUAUUACAAAUUUAGUUGAUAUCAAUGAACUGCACAGUGUGUAAAAAAUGCCCCUUCCCUCCUUGUUGCCCACUGAACUGUAUACACAGAAAGCUGACUCCAGCUCAAAGAGUGAGGCCAAAAAUAGCGAAAAUUGAAAGCAUUUUUGGGCGUCAAUUUCGGUCUCCUUCGGUCUUCAAAGGUUCCGACUCAACUUUCCCUUCUGUUUCUUUCUUUAUUCUGUGUCAAACGUGCCCAUUUUAUUGAUUCUGCAGGUCUGAAGAAUAUUUAUACUUAAAUUUGGAACAUAUUCUUUGAGUUAUUUUGUCCUAUGUAUGUUUCCAUGCAUUCGAAGCAAUUAGAUCUGUCAAAUUACUACAAUAGGUCAUGUUCAUGGCUAAUCUGAAAAUUUCAGUCAUGAAGCGUGAUGAAGUUUGAUUACCUUUUUUUGACACACCCUGUAUUUUUUAUCUAUAUUAAUCUUAAUUAAACUCGAUAUUGUUCAUAGGCGACCUGUCGAUGCUCCAUGAGCUCAUAAAAACAGGGAGAACUGACAUUGAUUCAAUUGCCAAAAUGUCCCAUGAGGAAAUUAUUCAAGUUUGCAAGAUAUGCAAAAUUACUUGCAGUGGGAAAUCGAAGGUAAUUCGAUUUUCAUUUUAUAUACCAUGAUCAAGGGUUUGGCAUAUUUCAAUUUACUGUAUAUUAUUUAUAUUACUUACUUUAUUAUUUACUUAAAAACUGGAUGUCUUUAACAACUUUAGGUCCCUAGUUCAAAGUCCUUAAAAACGAAAUGUUCGCCUUAAUGUUCGCGAAAUCUUCGCCAUUGCAAAUUUGCUUAUACAUGUAAUUACAAAAAUUAAUCGAAAUAUGCGAAAUCCCUGGCCAUGAUGUGGCCUAAUUAUAAAGUUCUACUAUACACCUGGUAUGCUCAAGAUAAAGUUACAUGUAAUAAGAUUUCACUUCACAAAAAAUAACUUGCAUUUUCACUUGUUUAUUUUUUUCAUUUUUUUUUACAGUCUCUGCUGAUUUCAAACAUAAAUGCACUUUAUUGGUCUAUCCUUGUUGGUCUGUGCCCAUGUCAUGGGUAUAAUAAAUCAAACGGGUGCACAGGUGGUUUUUAUCAUCUAGUUUGUCGCCAUGGUGUAAGUAAAAAUAGUUUUCUCUACUCCAGCCAAUUGAAAUGCCUAAUGUUUGGCAAGGAAAAGAUACUGUAGCAGUACUAAAAAUGUCUGAGAGAAAGGAAAUCGCUAGCUCAAGCCAAGGAGAAGCUUGUGUUGUGAUUAUUAAGAGGAUCCAUGGCAAAUAUCUUAACACCAGAUAUCCCGUAUUAUCCAUGCCAUAUUAUAACAAAUACACAGUAAUAUUUCUACUUUACAAAUCAAAGAUCAUAAGAAAGCAAAAUCCUGAACAAGCAAAUUUUUAGAAACUAGAAAGGAUGUAACACUGUAAAUAAUGUUGCAUUUUUAUCUUCGACAGUGUACAGUUGCAUCAAAGUUGUUAACACUAACAGAAUCUGUUCGAGAUGCAGCAGACCUCUACUUAUCGCUGAAGUAUCCGCCAACAACGUUCAUCUGCGAUUCUGCUUGUGGUCUAAGUAGGCAUCUAGAACUACGAAACAAAGAGCUGGCACAGUUAUUAAGGGGCGAGAAUGGUGGCUGCUUUGAAAAACCUACUUUAGACAAACUACCAACUGACAUACGUAUCAUAUCUUUCAUACCAUAA